CAUCAUUUCAGUGACAUGGCGCAGUAAAAUUAAACAGGAUGCCAUUCUAAAAUGACUGUAAUGCUCAUGACAGUUAAACAUGACUUAAAAGGUGAUGGAUAGACAGUUAGAAGGUCGUGCUGCCGAGUUCUUCCAGCAUCAGAAAUAUGCGGAAGCUGCUGAUGUCUACACUCGGUGCCUUGAGGUGGCCAAGGAACAGAAUGAUAGAGUUAACAUUCUACUUAACAGGGCUUCUUGCUACUUAAAACAGGGAAAGUUUAGUGAGGCACAGGGUGACUGUGAUGAAAUUUUACAGGAUGAUAAAACAAAUGAAAAGGCUUUAUGGAAGAAGAUCAAGGUUCUGUGCUUCCAGGGAAGGUUUCAGGAGGCGAAUGUGCUGACAACAGAGUGGAUAGAGGCAGAGCCAACGAAUCGUCUGGCUCUAAAAGAACAGAAGAGAUUGGAGAUUGUUAUGUCAGCAUUGAAAGACCAGGGAGACGAAGAUGAAACCCCAGUGGGUGGAGCUGUACAGAUCUCCUCGGACAGCACCAUCUCUGAGGUACGGCCAGCCCCUGAAGGGAGAGAAGCAGUGCCCCAGAGCUCCCCCACCAGUAACCCUGUCCCUACCCUCCCAACCUUCUCCACUAGCUCUUCACCCACAGAUAUCAAGAAUCAAGGCACUGAUGACAGGAAAGAUAUGAACAUCAGGGUUGAAAGCAAUGGCAGCAUGGAGAAGAGUGAAGAGCAAAAGACUCCAAACACCAGCCCUCCUUCCAGUGAGAAAGCAUCGCCCACCCCACCCAGCAGCCUCUGGAAACAGCGCCCUCCCCCUCGAGGCCUCACCAGUGAUGAGUACAGCUUGUGUGUGCGGUUUCAAGAGAUUGGGCGCUGUGCAUUUGGAGAGAAGUGCACCCAGGCGCAUUCACUGGAGGAGCUAGUGGAAUGGAAGGAGAGAUUUGAUCAUCGAAGACAACGACUGCAGAAAGCACGAGAAAACAAUGUGCAAGGAAAUACAAGUAUAGAACAACUUCAGGAAAAGUUACUGGGUGCAGAAAAUGCUGAGACAGUGAUUACAGAGAGGCUUGAUGUAGCUAAGGUCCACAGUAACAGUGACCUGAAGGUAGACAUGUCCAGUAAGAAGUGUAGUCACAACUGGAUGUUCACAGUGACAAGUCGGAUUCCCCUGCAGAGAGUCCUUCUAUUAGAUGAUACCUACAGAUCCUAUUUCUUUAUAUCCUCUGUGUCCAAAGGCCCCAAGAAAUUGCAGAAGCAUCAAAAUAUAGACGCAAACUGUCAAGAGUGGGUGAACCCAGACCAUGCUGACCCCAGUGCUAAUGAGAAUGUCUGCAGGAUUAAGAUAGUUUUCAAGGCUGACAUAUACGGAACAUUCCGUCAAACCGUGGUAUUUGACUAUGGGAGUUUGCCAGUGUUAGGUCAGCUAAUACAGGUUGAUUCCGCCCCACCUCUUGAAGGAAACCGGUUUGCCCAGGAAUUACUGCUCAAUGCUGGGAAUAGAUGGGAUAUCAACUCUGUUAACUUGGUGGAAUUUCAACCCCUGCCCUUGCGAAAAUCUGAGAAUGAGGAGAGGUUAAAGAAGAUGUACAUAUGUCCCCACCCCGAGAAGUUUAAUUUGUCUCGGGCUCUGUUUGAACCACUGUCUAAGGAAAACUAUCGCAAGAGAAUGCAUGAACUACUUUUCAUUGAGGAGAUGGAACAGUUUGGGAGUAUUUCAAGGUAUAAUGUUAAGGCCACUUUGCAGCUGGUGAAUCGGUUCCUUUUGAUCCCAGGAACUUUGUCUACAGCUAAGUACGCUCAUGAUGGUGAACUGUUUGCACGGAUGAAGGUUGAGGAUGACCUGUCAGAGGACUCCAUCCAUGGAAGACUCAUCCUUCAAAACUGUCAAACAGCUUGGAUCAUGCCUGACAACUCAGGGGCAGACAACUCUGAGCCAACGGACAAAGUGUAUGAGGUCCUGAUUGAGGAUAAGGGGAAAAAUUUCAUUUUUCUACGUGUAUCGGCUGCCUGUGUAUCCAACCUAAAGCUUAGCUGUGACCAAGACUUCAAGGCUCAGAUCCAGUUUCAGUUGAAUCGUCUGCCUGUGUGUGAGAUGCACUAUGGUGUAGACAAACUACCGUCUCUCAGUCUGGUAUUCCCUGACUUGACCACACCCCCAUCCAUUCCCUGGACUCCAGACAGACAGUGGACUAACAUAGAUUCAAAGCUGAAUGCCAAGCAGAAGGAAGCUGUUAUAGGAAUCACUGCUCCAACAUCACUGAAGCUUCCACCCAUCUUACUGUGUGGCCCUUACGGUACAGGAAAGACCUACACCCUGGCACAGGCAGCUAAACAUGUGCUCAAAGAGAAGGACACUCGUAUCCUCAUCUGUACCCAUUCUAAUAGUGCUGCUGACUUGUACAUCAAGGACUUCCUGCAUCCAUAUGUGAUUGCUGGACACCCAGAGGCGACCCCUAUGAGGAUCUACUACCGUCAUAGGUGGACACAGACUGUCCCAGACACAGUGUUACCGUACUGUCUGAAGGGAGGAGUGGGGUCAGGGGAGAACUUCCGUCUGCCUACAGACGUUGACCUGGAGAAACACCGUGUGGUGGUUACCACAUUGAGCACGUCACGUUACCUGUGUGACCUUAACAUCAAACCAGGUUUUUUCACACACAUCUUCCUGGAUGAAGCUGCCCAGUCUCUGGAGUGUGAAAGCUUGUUGCCCUUAUCUUUGUCAGGGGAAACAACGCGGAUUGUACUGGCUGGAGAUCAUAUGCAGCUCAGCCCUGAUGUCUGCUCUGCAUUUGUGAAGGAGAGAGAUUUCCAUCGUUCAUUGCUCGAGCGUUUGUAUGACUCGUACUCCCUGGACUUUCCGUGUAAGAUACUCCUCUGUGAAAACUACAGAUCUCAUGAGGCCAUAGUUGGCCUCACAUCUGAGCUGUUUUAUGACUCUAAGCUUGUUGCGAGUGGCAAACAGCCAGCCCACGAGUCUUUCUAUCCACUCACUUUCUUCACAGCCAAGGGAGAGGAAGUACAGCAUGUGAACAGUACCGGCUUCUACAACAUGGCUGAGAUCUAUGAAGUAGUGGAUCGUGUAGAGGAACUUCAGAAAACUUGGCCAAAGGCAUGGGGAGACCUUUGUGACAGCAGUAUUGGUAUAGUGGCGCCUUAUGCUGACCAGGUGGUGCGUAUCAGAUCUGAGCUGAGGAAGAGGAAGAUGUUCAGGGUGUCUGUGGAAAGAGUGCUUAAUGUUCAAGGUAAACAGUUUCGUGCGAUCUUGCUCAGUGCUGUUCGCACUCGUCUCACCUGUACAGAUAGCACAUUGGAGGAACUCCUUGACUACGGCUUCCUCUCUAAUGUCAAACUUCUCAACACGGCCAUUACCCGAGCCCAGUCGCUGGUGGCAGUUGUUGGAGACCCAGUCUCUCUUUGUGCCGUUGGCAAGUGUAGAAAAGUCUGGGAACACUUUUUAAAGCUGUGUGAUAAGAACAAAAGCCUGCACGGAACAAGUUGGCAGCAGAUACGCCUGCAGCUGGAUGGGUUAGAGAUGAAGAGGACUUAUGUACUCAACCCCAAUGCCCCAGAGUUCAUCCCAAAUCAGCUUAGACAUGGCAAUCGCUUAACUCCCAACAUGUUUGGCUACAGCCCCUACAAUUAUAUGUAUGGACACAAACCUGUCCACCCAGCCUACACAGGAGGAUUUCAACCUCAGUUGAUCUAUCCAUACUUGUCUGUGCCUCCUUACGGCCAUGGCUAUCCCAUGUACCCCGCCCCCUGGAUGAUGCCUCAGAGGGUCUUCAAGCACCUGUCAGGAGGCCCCCACAGAGGAGGUAAGGGGAGUCGCCUGUCCCCAGUGUCCAGAGGCUAUGGACCUGCCAGUCAGAGCCCUCCAUCCCAGAGGAUAGGGACACGUGGAGCCUCUCCGAAUGACGGGGUGAGGCCACCCCCUGAGGGUGAAGCCAUAUCAUCCUCAGACACCCAGACCUCUCCACCGAACAUGAAGACCAAGCCCUCAGGCAGGUUUACAAAUCGACACGCAACCAACGGGGCUCUGCCGUACUACUCUCGGGGAGGCAUGCCCCAUUUUAUACCCCAUCCAGCUCAGAUGCCAUAUGGCAUGUUCGUCCCAGACGACCCAAGGUUUUACAUGGUGCAAGGGGGUUACCCAUCACAUCUCAGUUUUCUGCCCAUGGGGCCAAUGCCUUACCCUUUACCAAGGUACAUGCCCCCUUUCCCCUCAGGGCCUUACCCAGGGCCAGGCGGUUAUCAUCCAUCCCAGCUCCCCCAUGAGGACCAACGACAGUCACCCAACUCCUCCAAUCGGAGCACACCUGGGAGUUUCAGCUCCGGGCCGUCACGACCAGCCAGCUCAACAGACCUGAAGGGUUACUCCCCUUCCUCCUCCCCAAACUCCUUCCAGCAGGUACAGCUACUGCCCAAUGUAAAGCAUGCGCCCGCUCACCUCAUGAACUCGGAGAGUCCACGGCCUGACAGCAGGAACUCUCCAGACCAACGGGGCACCAGGAACCAGUCACCCAUAGGCAUCACAUCCAUCUCCCCAGCUGGCAAGGGCAUCAAACACCCUAGGCCAGUAUCUGCCUACGCAGAGGAUGCUAAGAUUGGACUCCUGGGGUACAGUGGUCCAGUGCCCCACAGUCAGCGUGUGAAGCCAACCCGAGGCACCCAGGGAAAUCCUCUUACCCUUCACCCCCCAGACAGCACAAUGAUGUCACGACCUCCCCUGAACAGUCAGUACAGUGAGGAACUGCAGACCCCAACACAGAUCCAUGAUUUGAUGAGAAUGAUAGAGGAAAGCACACAGGAUAGCCCAGGCAGACAGAAAAGCGAAAGUAAUCUACUGGCUGCUGAAUACAGGGCAGCAUCAGAGGUUAGCAGGUCACCAGGUCAAGUCACUUCAGUCCAGGGACCACCUCUUUUUAAAACCUCACCAGGGAAGGCAGCAUCAGGACAAGGAAAGGAACUGAAACUGAACAUCAGCCUAGCCAACACCAGACAGAAUGGGUUACAGAAAAAGCACUCUAGCCAGAUCGCCAAGUCAGCUCACAGAUCAGACACAGUUACCUCCCCUUCAUCUAACCAGCCUCUCCCAGAUCAUGGUGACAAGCCAACCUAUGCUGGUGUAUUGAGACGCCCUCCUCCCUCGCCCCAGCCUCAAACACCCAUCACCCCAGCAGUUUUCCCACCCAGUACCCCAAGAGAACAGAUGGGUAAUGAUGCAAUGGACAUUCUGCGGAAUCUCAACAUAAAGGCGUCCCCAGGCACCCAGGCCUUAUACCAAUACUUUUCUUAAGACUCACAUUGAUUGAGUCAUAGAAUGUAGCUUCUCUAUGUGGUAACAUACUUUGUAUGCUUGUCACUGUUAGCUGGUUCUACGGUUUUUGUUUACAUCAUGUAAUAAUACUCAGUCUGUAGGAUGUAGCUUAGGAUUAUGUUGAAAAAGUGA